AUGCCUACGCCCCCAGCAGACCGCCGAGGGCAGCAAACCCGCGCAACAGCGGACGCUGCAGCACGAAGGCGCAGCACCAGCAGUAGCAGAGGCAGAAGCAACAGCAGCAUAAGAGACAGGAAGAGACGAGGCAGCUGCGGAGACAGCAAGAGCCCCAGCAGGAAGCGUCGCAGCUGCAGCAACGCAGCUGCAUCAACGAAUGCUGCUGCUGCUGCUGCUGAUGCUGCUGGUGAAUGGCCAACACGUAGCCGCCGCAGCAGCAACGCGGGAAUGGCCCAAGAUGGGCCCUCUAAGGAUUCUGUCAAGGCAGCAGCAGCAGAAGAAGCAGCAGCCUCCGGUGGAGGUCAUUCAGUAGGUGAACCCGCUGCUGCUGCUGCUGCUGCUGCUGCUGAUACCAGUGCCAGCAGCAGCAGUGCUGCUGCUGCUGCUCCUAGGCCAGAGGGACGCGUAUCUAAGUGGAAGAGUCGCUGGGGCGUUGCUGCACCAGGUGGCGCAGCUGCGCCAGGCGGAGCCAAACCAGCAGCAGCAGCAACAGAAGGUGCUGCUGCUGCUGAUCCACCACCGGCUGCAGCAGCAGUAAUGCCGCAGCCUGGCAUGAAGGCCGAUUCUGUUGCUGACCCUUCAUUUCCUUUCUUGAGGGCCUCUGUAGAGAGUGGGGGGGCCCCCAAGGGGGCCCCCCAGGACAUCCAAGGGGGCACAGGAGACAGCGGGAGAGCAGCAGAAAAAUAUUUAGGGUCUCUUGAGGCAAAGCCUAAGAUUAAGAUUGUGCUGUCUAAGAGUGCGCAGCAGCAGCUGCUGCAGCAGCGGCAGCUGCAGCGGUCUGCUGCUGGAUCAGCAGACACAUCUUCUGCUGCUGCGCUAGCAGAGGCCUAUCUUCUGGCAGCUGGAGAGACGCCAGGUGCAGCAGCAGCUGCUGCUGCAGCCGCCGCAGCUAAUGACGACAAUGAGCAGCUCCCCCAGCAAGAGGAGGAGGAACAGCAGCAAGGAGACACACAGCUCCCUGAGGGGGCCCGUGAGCAAGCUUUAGAGUCUCCAGCCGCUGCUGCUGCUGCUUCGGAGACGAUGGAUAUUGACGAGACAGCAGAGGCAGCAGCAAAAGAGAGACACGAGAGACGCCUGGGUAUACCUAAGGCAAUGAGGACGCCAGCAGCACAGGAGACACCUGGCGAUCAAACAGCAACAGCUGCAGCAACAGCAGCAGAAGCAGCAGAGGGCACGGGUGCUACACUUGCUGCUGAAGGAUGCGAGGACGACGCAGCAGCAAACGAAGAGGGCUCCUCAGACCCUGUCUUGCGCAGCCCACAGCCUGGUGCUGCUGCUGCUCUUGCUGCUGCUGCUGCUGCAUGCGAGAGGUCUCCUGCAAACAGGGCCCCAAGAAGCUCGGAGAGCCCUUCGGCGUCACCUGAGCCGCUGGGCCCCCCACUUGCUGGCCAUAGAGAGAGGGGAGUUCAAGGAACAGCAGCAGCUGCUGCUGUUGCUGCAGCAGACGGUGGAGAGGAAGGCUCCCAGUGCAGCGGCGGGACUCAAGGGGACACAGCCCGUACAGAGGGCGUGAUAGAGAAAGAGACAGAGAGGGAGACAGGAGAAGGGGACACAGCAUAUACAGAGGAGACAGAGGAGAGAGGGAUCGUGAUGAUUAUAGAGAUGGAGACAGAGAUAGGGAUCCUUAUUGGUAUAGAGGAGACAGAGGAGGAGACAGAGAUAUGUAUGGAGGAAGGGACCGCAGCAGAGAUAGAGAUAAUAAUUAUAGAGACAAUUAUAGGGAAAGAGACAGAGAAUGGAGACCCCGUCAGUAUGGUAGAGACAGAGAAGAUGGUAGAGACAGAGGAGGAGGAGGAGGAGGACGAGGAGGAGGGAUGGAUUAUUAUGGGGGGUCAAGGAGGUGGUAUCCUGAGGAUAGAAGAGACACAGAGGGGCCCUGGAGGGGCCCCCCUAAUAGGGGACCAGGAGGAGACAAUUACCGGUGGAGGGGAGGUGGUGGUCGAUACAGGGACACAAGGGGAUGGAGACGUAGCAAUAGUAGGGGGCCGCGUAUGGGGGGUUCUCCUGGAUACGAUCCCCCACACGACCCCAGAUGCGAUCCCAGAGAUGACCGCAGAUACGAUCCCAGACGAGACUACAGAGAGGACUACAGACGCGAUCCCAGAGACGAUCCCAGACGCGUUCCCAGGGACGAUCCCAGAGACGAUCCCAGACGCGAUCCCAGAGACGAUCUCAGACGCGAUUCCAGAGAUGAUCCCAGAGACGACCCCAGACGCGAUUCCAGAGACGAUCCCAGAGACGAUCCCAGACGGGAUCCAAGAGGAGAUUAUAGAGACGAUCCCAGAGACGAUCCCAAAGAGGACAACGGACGCGAUUCCAGAGACGAUCCCAGAGACGAUCCCAGACGGGAUCCAAGAGGUGAUUAUAGAGACGAUCCCAGAGACGAUCCCAGAAGGGAUCCAAAGGACGAGUAUAGAGACGAUCCCAGAGACGACCCCAGACGAGAUCCUAAAGAUGACCCCCGAGAAGAUCCCAAGUAUGGUGCUGCUGCAGCAGAUAGGUGCAGCAGCGAGAGACGAGGAGGACGCAGCCGCAGCAACGGUAGAUAAAUGUUUAGAUUUAGGUGGAUUUUUCUUAUAUAUUAUUAUUGGCUCUCUUAUCGGGGUGUAUAUUGACUCCUCUGCUGUAGCUGUUUGCUCCACCUCUACGGCUGCUGUUGUUGCAUGCUAA